UUUAUGAUUGACUCUAAAAUACAUGAGGACAGAUUAUUUCAUUUUUAUACGUUAAUUUGCGUUAGCCCGGGCACAUAAUCGGCAUGAUUCUAACGGUUCUGGGGCAGCGGAGUGACUUAAGAGCAGAGAGAAACCUGAGAGAAGAGGCAAGGGGUUAGAGACAAAAUGAACAGGAAACACACACAUCAGAUUAACGAGAUGUUACAAUGAAAACGUAAGUCUGAGGGAGCUGGUUUUAAUAGUUCAUAUCAUGGCCAGUUGUUUGUGGGUUUUGUUCCCUUGUUUUCAUUAUGUUCAUUCAUACAAAAACUUACGAAUUGAAACAAUCCAAGAGUUGGUCAAGGAUGAGAACAUUAGAAUUCAUUUUAGUAAAAGAGAGCGAAACUCCCAAAAGGCCAUUAGACUAUAUAAGAUAUUCUACAUAAGGUAAAGUCGUUAUUGUGCCUCAGUUUUUAGAAAGUCAAAGUAUUUGUUGAAGUUUAAAAACCAUUUGUUCAGAUUUGACCUCUUUUAAAAAAUACAAUUUUGUUUCGCAAAUCAUGAAGUUAUUCUGUCAAGAACAACAAGUGAGACAAACUCACAUCCAGCUGCCAACAGCUGCUGCAGAGCUAUUGAGAACAAGGUGUUGAAAACAGAACCGACAUGAGCUUCUGAUGGUCUGAGUAUCAUGGGAUGCUUUAUUUCUUUCAGAUAUUGUUGUCAAAGCCUUAAAUCAAUCAUCAUGUAUUGCUAAUAAAAUCAAAAUUGAAAUCCAUAUUUGUUUUUUUGGUGAAAUGAAUUUCAUAAUUCACUUUAAAGUCCUGCAAUACACCAGUUUCAAUAAUACAAUUUCAAAAGUGCUAGUGAAAGAUUUGGAUGGUUAUCGUAAUGGAGUUUACACAAAUGAAGUGAGAGCGAGAUAAUCUAAAAUUCAUCUAAAUGAAUAUUUGGAUCUGAUGCAGCUGUUUUUUUUUACUUUUAAAGUUUCGGUAUUUAAAUAUCCGUCAUUUGAAGCCACAGACAUGCAGAGAAACAUGGAGCCUCAAGAAGAAAUGAGCUAUUUAGGAAGUGAAACCUGAGACAUGCAAAAAUAACCGAUGGCAGUGGUAAGAGGAAACACAUCUGCUGGCAUGUUUUACAUAACAAAUAAAAAAAACUAAAUCAAAAAGUUGACAACUUGGAAAAAUACAGUGUUUAGUUUUACUCCUUUUAAAUUAAGUUUGACCAUUACAAUUUCUUAUUGUAUUAAAGUUUAAAUAUAGCAUAACGGGAAUAUCGCAUCAAACCUGCCUUACAAAAUAACAGAUGUGAGUACUAUUAACCAUUAUUUUACAUUGCCAUAGAAGAGCCAUGUUGGUAGAAACCGUAGAAAAGAGGAAGUCACAAACCGCAACAUCUGAAAAAUAAUCUGUAAGAGGAAGGAGACAGAUGGAGGACAAAAACUGCAGGAACACUUUACUAAAACACAUUAAUCAAACCAGCAGUUCCACCGUGAUCUUAUUAAAUAAUGUGUGUAGUCAACAAGUAAACUCUAACCAAAAGGUUUGACAUUUCUAAAAUGUCAUCAUCCUACUGAGUUAUAUGUGACGUAGUGUCUUUUUAGUAGUUGUUUCUGACAUUUCUUUAAAAAGGCUCCACUCUUUGAAUAUUUCAAACAUACGGGUCAUAUUUUUAUAUAUUAAGGGAAAGCCACUUUCAUUGAAAAGGAGUUCUGUAAAGAGUAUUCUGCAGCGCAUUUUAAGUGCAUUUUAAUGUUCAUUUGUUAGUAAUCAGAUCAUUUUUAUGCUGGGAUUAGCAAACAACAUACAACGAUAGCCAUUGCUUUUAUAGGCAUGUGGUCCACAAUCCUAUUAAUUCUAGAUGUAUUUCCCUCUUCACAAUUCCAUCUGUUAUAAUCUGUUUUUACAUUUUGUUUGUUGGUAAUGGAUACAAAGCUUUAUCCACACAGUCAUUUACUCAACUUGCCCCACUUGACAGAAUGAAGAAUCAAACAAAUCUUCACAACAGACAAAGCACAGCGGUCAAUAACAUUUCCUCUCAAAUGUGAUGCAUGUUCUACCAACCCAUGGCUAUUGGUUUCCUGUUUCAAAAUAAAUACACAUUUAAGUGAAAUAGAUAUUUUAUUAUGACCAGCAUUGACCAGUUGACCAACCAGGCAAUGACCUGCAUUAAAUCACAAUUAUUGUUCUUUAUGACUUUUGGAUGCAUUUUUAUCUUGUUGGUUAUAAAAACAGCUUUAUUAAAAAUAGAAAUAAUUUUUUUCCAUAAUUUUCCAUAUGAAAUUCUGCAUAUAUACGGCAUUAAGCUUAUCUUGCUGUUCUGGACCAAAGCUGCAGAGAUAAUCCAUAUGGGACUUCAUCUCUGCUCUCUGGCGUACGCAGCUCACUGCUGGUUACGGUUUACGCACAGCCACAGGCUCGCAGAGGAAAACAAGGAACUGGAUCAUAUAGCAACACGUCAUCUUUAUAAAAAGAAAUUCAAUAACACAAGUAGCCAGAAUCGUGACGACAGCCGUCAUCAUGAGUAAUAAACAGGCCUGCAUCUUUCUCAGGGGCGGAACAAGAAGACGCUCAAGAGAGCUGACAAAGGAGGAGAUUGGAGAGUUACGUGAAGCUUUUGUAGAGUUUGAUAAGGAUAAGGACGGUUUCAUAACCUGUAAGGACUUGGGGAACCUGAUGAGGACCAUGGGCUACAUGCCCACUGAAAUGGAGCUCAUACAACUCAGUCAGAAUAUCAACAUGAAUUUGGGGGGACGGGUGGACUUUGAGGAUUUUGUGGAUCUAAUGAGCCCCAAGCUCUUGGCUGAAACUGCAGGGAUGAUUGGCGUGAAGGAACUUAAAGACGCAUUUCGAGAGUUUGAUUUAGACGGUGACGGUGCUAUCACAUCUGAUGAACUAAGACGCGCCAUUAUAAAGCUACUUGGAGAACAAACUAGUAAAAGCGAAAUUGAUCAAGUUGUCAGGGAAGCAGAUAACAACGGAGACGGAAAAGUUGACUUUGAGGAGUUUGUGAAGAUGAUGUCGCAGAAAUAAGGACAACACAAGGAGUGUUUGGCUGUGAAUGGAGUGGAUUCCUUUCCAUUUAAUUACACUGAUGUCAGCCUACUUCUUAUGAACUGUUUGACUCUAUUUUCCCUGUUGUUUAAGUGGCACCCGCCUCAUACACAAUCACGUGGACCUUUUAAAAUUAAAACUUAGUAUAGACGCUCAGUUGGUUGCAAUCUGCAACUUCACAACUGAACACCAACAAAUCACCACACUGGCCCUUUUAGUUGGCGCCCAGAACUGUCCCACAGAGCCGUAAGUAUACACAUAAUAUUCAACGGUUCAAUAAUUAAGAACAUUAUCAAAGGUCUGCAUUAUCCAAGCCAAGUAGGAUGCCUUAGUCUCAACAAAUCAACAAAAGAGUUUCAAUAAGUGUCCCUGUGUUGUGGUACCUUGGAGUAGACAACAGUGUGUGAGCAGUGUGGGACAAUUAAAACAACUAUAUAAUAAUUUCCCAAGCAUGGUCAGUCGAUUUUUUUUCAAGGACUGCCGUUCCUUCGUGCUGUUCUGAAUCAGCACUGACCUCCUGAAAUGCCUCUAGUGCGGCAGGAGCCUUCACCCUGGGACGAAGUGCAGUGACACCUGGAGAACAUGAGCUCAGCGUGGAGGAUAAGUGUCCUCUGCUGCCACUUCUUCCCCUUCCCCUGCUUCUGUCUCACUAGAGUGUAAAAGCAGCCCUCCCUCUGCUUGAAGGUUCUAUAACAACCUGCAGAAUGGGACGUGGUACAUUUAAGUACAAUUUUGCUGGUAUUUCUAUUUUUUUGUACUUUGUACCUCUAUCCAACUGCGUUUUAGAAGCCAAUGUUGUAAUCUUUACUCAACUGUAUUUACUUGACCCAUGUCACUAGAAUAAAGUGUUGAACAAAUGUUACAUUGAAUCAAAGUACAUACAACUACAUAUGAAGAAUUAGAGGAAUAAUCUGUUACUAUGUGGUGGAUUAGUUCAGUCGUUGUAAUCCCUAACAUGGAUGAACAGAUGGCAGAUAAGACAAAAUCACCACUCUAAUUCUCAUCUACUGACUGAAAAAAGUAACUCUCCUUCAAACAGAUAAAAAGAGCUUAAUGAACCAGAAUGUGUUUUUAGAAUGAUAUUUGACAUAUUUAAAGCUAUCUAUGUUUUUUUUAUCCCCUGAACAAUUGAACGGGUAAUUUUCUUGCCAGUCAAUGUCGUAAUUUGAUUUUAUCAUAUCUGUUAACAAGCCAAAUAGCCUUGAUUUAUUGUUUAAUAUAAAAACAAUAUUCUUGGAUAUUAAUUAUUAGCUAAAGAUAAAUUUGUCCCAUACAAAUGUAUUGUAUAAUUUGUGGCCACUACAAAGCAACCAGCCCUGAUGUAUAUGUAGUGUAUCACACACACACACUUACAUACACACACAUGUAUUACUAUAUUACCCUUUUAUUCCACUGAGCCAAUACAAAUGUAUCUGUUGUUUAUUUGAUUUUGGAUUGCGAGCAAAACAGAAUUGACAAAAAUAUGCACACACACAAAAAUGCAAAGCAUGCAUAGAGGUAAUAAGAAGAUAAAGACUGAUCACCGUAUGCAAAGAGUUUGUAUAUAUUUGGCAUUCAAAAAUAAUGUAUAUGAUUUUCAUGUUUUCACAGUAUUUUGGUUGAGCUUAUUUUCCUUUAUUUUAAAAUAAAUCAUCCCUGGCUGAUCCCAGGCGCUCAUGCACAUGCAUCGGCUGCUUACAAACAAACUCCAGCAUUCAGAACAAACUGGCUUCACAUGCAAAUAAUAUUCACAAUAACAGUUUAUUGUAUC